UCCGGGCGGUGUCCCGGACCCGGAAGUGGAGUUGCCGAGUCACCGCAGUGGCUGAGCUGCUGACAGGAGGCGGCGGCGGAGGAGGAGGAGAGGCCAGACUUGCGGCUCGGUAGGGCCACAGCCGCGGUAGCGCCAGGCAAGCCCACGGAGCCACGCCGGCCUCAGCCCGCCCACGAACCUCUCGCUCACUGUCCACCCUUCUAUCCACCUGGCCGCCUGCCCGCCCGACUCAUCCGGGGCGGCCUAGUCUGCACCACCCGCCGGGCUCCUGGGGCCGCCGCCCCGCGCGGUCCCGUCGGCAUCCCUGGCCGCGCCCGGCCCCUGGCCAGCUCUCCCGCCGGCACCAUGAUGGAGGAGAUCGACCGGUUCCAGGUGCCCACCGCGCACUCGGAGAUGCAACCGCUGGACCCAGCCGCCGCCUCCAUCUCAGACGGAGACUGUGACGCCCGGGAGGGUGAGUCAGUAGCCAUGAAUUACAAACCAUCCCCGCUCCAAGUGAAGCUGGAGAAGCAGCGGGAGCUGGCCCGGAAGGGCUCUCUGAAGAAUGGCAGCAUGGGCAGCCCUGUCAACCAACAACCCAAGAAGAACAAUGUCAUGGCCCGGACGAGGCUGGUCGUCCCCAAUAAAGGCUACUCCUCGCUUGACCAGAGCCCAGAUGAGAAGCCACUGGUAGCUCUAGACACGGACAGCGAUGAUGACUUUGACAUGUCCAGAUACUCCUCAUCUGGCUACUCCUCUGCUGAGCAGAUCAACCAAGAUUUGAACAUCCAGCUGCUGAAGGAUGGCUAUCGGUUAGAUGAGAUCCCCGACGACGAAGACCUAGACCUCAUCCCCCCCAAGUCCGUGAACCCCACCUGCAUGUGCUGCCAGGCCACAUCCUCCACCGCCUGCCACAUUCAGUAGCGGGCGGGGCCGCUGCGGCUGCAAGGGGAGGCGCCAACACGGGCCAGGUUGGACCAGGCAGGGGCUGAUCCCUCCCUAGCUCGUCGUCGUGCCCCUGGCCCUACAUCCCUUACAGCCGCCAACCUCGUAACAGUCAUUGCUUCCUCCUAUGGUAGGACGUGUACCUCUGUGUGUUCAUGGAGCCGGAGAAACCAAAACCGGGUCUCUCUCUACCCCAGGGGCUGAAGAGGGGUGGGGGUUUCUUGUUCAGUUGCUUGAGGGACCUCCCCCAGCACCCUGUUCCCCUCUCCAAAGCCACAGUCUGGAGGUGGGGAGACCUGGAAGGCAGGGAGGCCAGCAGUAUGAGCUGGGAGAGGGAUCACAAAGCCAGGGCUUGACCCCACCUCAGCAAAGCCAUGAAUCCCCCAGACCCAGACUGACCAGCAAACAAGUUGGAAGAAAGAAAGACCCAAGGCAAUGGGGGUGGGUCCCAGAACCUGGGAGCCCUCUCUAUAUGACUCCUGUAAGCCAGUGUACCUUGUUGUGUUUUCCCUUCUUCUCUAGAUGGGAAGUCUGAUAAAGUUGUCCAAGGAGAUAUUGUCCCCCUCUCAUCAGAUCACUGCCUUCUUUUGCCUCUUCCUCCCAUUCACCCCUUUCCUUUUUCUCCAGGCGUGGUAUGACCUGUCCUCAUGCCCCUAACCAAUACAUCUAUCUCUCUGCCUUCCCUGUUCUCUUCACCAAUAACACUGGUCUCAGGUUGGAAGCAGGGUAAGGCUGGCCUCCAGUCCCCAUUCCCAACCCACCCCAGCCCAAGGUCUGAGAGUCUGGUUCCCAGUAAAACUCUUCAAGGAGCAAGCUUAGGAGGAUAUAGCAGCUGAGCAGCUGCAUGUACAUGAUAGGGAGCGCUUGGCAGAAUGUGUGUGUGCGCGCAUCUCAUGUAGGACCUGCCUCUCCAGGAUUCUGUUCCUGUCAUAUAUGUAGUGUCCACAGUGGGGAAGUGACUGUGGUUUUUUUACAGUGUGGGAGCCUGCUCAGCCAUGCAGUUGACUUGAGAUUCUGGCCUGGGUAUCAAAAGCCUGGGUUCUGACACUCUCUUCAUGUACUGUCUUACAGCAAGCCACAUGUUUUCUCUGGGCUUCAUUU